AGUUGCCCCUUUCAAGAUGGCCGCCACGUAGGCACGCCGCCGGUUCGCUUGGCUGCAGCAGUGCAGGCGUAUCUUUAUCGCAACAGCGGGAAGUUUUAUUGUCAGAGAAAGCGCACGUUGGCUAACAGCUUCUCAUCAGCUUUUUGCGUACGAGUAAUGUUUUAAGUCCUUUUCCACCCCCCCGCAAAACCAGUGUGGCGCUAUGUCGCAGCGAAAGAGAUUGUCCAAUACUCAGAGAUCCUCACAGAGAAAAAGACCACAAAGCUCAUCGGGCGCUGUGGGUGAGGAUGAAGAUGCAACGUUCACUCAGCCGAGUGUGUCACAGGUCCAGAGAAACCUCGAGAAGCUCUCGCCUUCACAAGUUGACCAAAAGAUAACUGAGGUGGUCCAGUACAUCCUGGUAAAAGAUCAGAAGAAGAUACCCAUACGGCGUGCAGACUUGGUGAAAAAUGUGAUCAAAGAAUACCGAAAUGUCUACCCUGAGAUCAUGAAGAGAGUGACCCACACCUUUGAACAGGUUUUUGGCCUUAAAUUGGUCAAUAUAGACACAAAGAAUCAAUUGUACAUCCUCAUCAAUAAGUUUGAGGCAACAGCUGGAGGACCGUCCUUCUGCUUGGCCAACCGGAAGACGGGACUGCUCUUUUUCAUCCUGAGUGUCAUCUUCAUGAAACGGGGCGUGGCCAAAGAAAGCCUGAUAUGGAACAUGCUCGAAAAACUCCGCAUUAACCCCACGAAGAAACACGAGGACUUCGGCGACGUCAAGAAGAUGGUCACAGAUGAGUUUGUGCGACAACGGUAUCUGGAGUAUGUGCUCAUCCCCCACAGUGACCCACCCGAACACAAUUUUCUCUGGGGUCCGCGUGCUGACAAGGAAGUCUCCAAGGCCAAAAUCCUUCAAUUUGUAGCAGAACUUCAUGACCAGGAUCCUCGAAAUUGGAAACAUCAGUACGCAGAAGCUCACAAGACUCAAGACAGCCAGCCAAGCUCGAGCAGCCGAAGAUGAAUUUUAGCCUUAUAACUUUUUAUGUGUUUGUUUGUUUGUGAAAGCUUUAAAAUUUUUGUCCUUACCAUGUUGGCAUGUUUUAGUUGCCCUUCUUUAAACCUUCGAUACCGAACAGCUUAGAUCAGUUUGGAAUGUUUUUAUUUGUUAACUUUUAACAUUUCCACCUGUUUUUUUAAAUAAAAUAUGUUUGCAUAUA